AUGGCGCCCGGGGCGUCGCCGAGCGUCUCUCGAGCCGCGGAUGGACUCGCGCGGGAGGUGGAGGCGUUACGCGCGGCGUCGACGCGUCCGAGCGCGCGCGUCGCGCGGGAUGCGUCGAUGGAAGCGACGGACGCGCGAAGAAGACUCGAGUUCGCGUCGACGACGACGAGAACGGCGCGAGAGAUCGAGGCGCUCACGGCGGAACUCGGGGAGAGGGAGACGUUUUGGCGCGACGCGAGCGAGGCGCAGGAGAGGGAGCUGCGGGCGCUCGCCUCGAGCGCGGAGUCGCGAGCGAGACGCGCCGAGGCGGAGGCGGACGCGUUACGGAUGGAGCGGGACAGCCUCGUGAGAGAGCUAGAGGACGCGCUAGAGAGGGAGCGGAUGCAAAAUGCGGCGAUUUGGGCGAAACUGGAAAAGAAAAAGCGCGCGAGGUUGUUCGCCGAGGCGAGUCGGUUGCGCCGCGCGUUGGCAAAGUGGAUCGAAGGCGCCGUGUUUAACAUACGCGCUCGCAUGGUGCUUGAACGAUCGCGUAGACGAGCGCUUAAGGAUGCGUUCGCGUCAUUUCAUCGAGCCGUGGAGUUGUCGCGAAAGGGAUCGGAGAUCGAGCGACGCGCGAACGAGCAGCGCGUUCGUCGAUGUUUGGUACACUGGGCCGUCGGCGUGGAGGUCUCCAGAGCGGGCGAACGGGCGCUCGCGAGGCGAGUGAUGAUCCGAUGGAGUCGAGCUAUGUCAAACGUGGAGAUUCCCGAGCGUUCGCUCGCCUCUAGGACGGCGCGCGAGAGAGCCGUCGCGGUGAUUGAGCGCGUGCGGGCGACGGCGACAAAACGAGCGGCUUUCUCGUCGUGGCUACUCUUCGUCGCGGGCGCUAAAAGUGCGCGUACGAUCGCGUUAGAACUCAUAGCUAAAGAACGCGUCGCUGCGCGCGAAGCGUCGCUGGCGAGACUCAAGGCGACGAGACGCGGGACGUAG